AUGGCAAAUAUCGAUUCCCAUGUAGCAUCCGUGCUGGAUGCUGCCAAUUCAGAGGAUGAAGAUGAUCUUAUCGCAUCCCUGGAAGAUUCCCCCGCUAUGGACGCCUUUCGUGAGCAGAGGCUCCAGCAACUACACUCCGAAUUCGCACGGGCGAAGGCACAAAAGACCCAGGGCUUUGGCAACUAUACCGAAAUAAAAGAGGAAAAGGCUUUGAUGGACUUGACCACCGAGGUUAAAUAUGCUGUUGUGCAUUUUGCGAAGGACGACUUUGUCAGGUGUAGGACUAUGGACGUACAUUUAGAGGCCCUAGCAAAGAAGCAUUUUGACACCAGAUUCCUGAAGAUGAAUGUCGAGAACGCUCCAUUCCUGGUUACGAAGCUUAAGGUCCAGGUGUUGCCUUGUGUUUUGGCUUUCAUUGACGGUGUGAGCGUUGAUCGGAUUGUCGGCUUUGAGGGGUUGGGAUAUACCCAAGAUACUUUUACCACCAAGGAUUUAGAGGCGAGGCUUUUGAGCUCGGGAGUUGUACAAAGGGCGAAGACCACGGUGGAUGCUGGUGGCUUGCCGUACGGUAACGGGAAAGCAGCGAAGGAGGAGAGUGACGACGAUGACGACUGGGAUUGA